AUGGGACUGGACGUCGGCAGUCGAGAUCGUGUCUUUGUUAGCAAUGUCAACACUCCAAACCAGUUCUGGAUUCAACAAGAGAUGAUGACAAAGGACUUAGAUGAACUCAUGAAUGACAUGCUGACUCACUACUCACAGGCACCAAACAGCACUUCCAAGAAGAGGCGUUUUUCGAAAGGAGACCCUUGUGUGACUACUUUUUCAGAUGAUGGUAGCUACUACAGAGCUGUGAUCACAAAUACAAUGGGCCCUAACAAUUAUGAAGUGUUCUUUAUUGAUUAUGGCAACUCGGACAUCAAAAGAGGGGAGGAUUUGUUAGAGGUGCACCCCAAAUUCCUCCUCCUACCUGCAGUUGCUAUCGAGUCCUGCCUGAGUGAUGUAGACCCAGAUUCUUGUAAUUCUGAUGCAACUGCUGGAAGGUUUGAAGAACUGGUAGUAGAGAAGACAGUUUGCUGCAAAGUGACCAAAAGGAUUGGAGACAAGUGUUCGUUGCUCAUGGUGGAUCCAACAGGUGGAGAAAACGCUGACAUCGCAAAUGCGUUGGUGAAGGAGGGGCUCGCAGGACGUCCAAGUCAGGGUAGCAGUCCACAAGCAAAGCAAAGCCCUCAUCAGGGGUACAGUGCUCGCAAUAUCCCAGCUAGAGCUGGAGAUGCUGGAGAGUCUCCAGCUAGGGAGUUGGAUUUCAACCUGCCCAAGUUCAAGAAACCGCAGAUAAGAGCUUCCAAGUCCACAGAAGUGAAGGACUUCAUGGAUUCAACCAUAGCUGAACUUGACCUGGUGGCUACAAUAGUUGGUGAGCAGAGAGGCACAUAUACUAUUAAACUCACUGAUCGCUCCAGUGGAGAUAAUAUCAACAGUAUGGUUGCUAAUAUGCUACAGGAUAGCAGCCCCAGAGGAUCACCAAGAGCAGAAAUGCUGAAGGAGUACAAGACACAGACAUUGAGGGAAGGAGAGGAGCUACCGGUCUUCAUCGGCCAUGUUGAUGAUCAGGGCAAGUGCUAUGUCCAGAAGUCAUCGACAGUUGGAGAGCUAGAAGCCCUUAUGGAGCACAUGAGCCAGCAGUUUGCAAACUUUGGAUCUAGCAUCCCAAAGUUGACAAUAGGGAUGUCAUGUGGAGCCCAGUAUUCAGCAGAUCAGGCAUGGUAUCGAGCCAAGAUCACUGGCAUUCGUAAGAAUGGGGACGUCGAAGUCACUUUUGUGGAUUAUGGCAAUUCUGAAAUGGUGAAUCCAGGUCAGAUCAAGAUGUUGUCUCCAGACAUGCUUGAGUUACCUGCGCAGGCCAUUGCCUGUCUCCUAAUUGGCCUUCCUGCUGGCCAACAGACAAGUGAAGAAGUUGCCAAGCUUCAGGGAUACAUAGAGAGUGAAUGCACCCUUGAAGUGAAAGGAAAAGACAGGAUCAGUGGUGUUUACAAUGUGCGCCUAAUUUCAGAUGGGAAGUGCAUCAAUGAUCAGUUUAGACAGCCUGUUCAACAGAGAAGACAGGAUCAGAAUGAACGUAUUGUAAAGUCACCCCCUCGCAGUGAUGGCUACAGUUCAGAAAGAUCACGUCCAGAGAGAGAGAGAUAUGGAUCACAUGCUAAGUCACCACCACAGAAUGAUAGAUUUGGUCAGCAUAUAGGCAAAGGCAGUCGUUUCAACAGUGAUGGCAGUGGUGAUGCCCCAGAUAAUUCAAGAUUCUCGAAACCACGUGGAGAUAGAGCUUCGGUGUCUUCUAAUGUGUCGGACAGGUCCAACAAAUCUGGUGGUCGUAGUUCUCGCUCAGAUGACUCAAGAGGUAAGGGAUCUGGCAGAAGGUCAGAUGCUGUUUCAUCUCCCACUAACAAAGAACCAGCAGUCCCUCUUCAAUUCAAGGAGGUUACGUUUCCAUCUAAAGGAACAGUGGAUGUCUUCCUUUCACACAUUAAUAGUCCCAGUGAAUUCUGGUGUCAAACAGCAGAAUCAACGCCCCAGCUUCAUAGAGUGAUGUCAGAACUGCAUGCCAGGUACAGUAGCCUUCGUCCAAAUGACAAGAGACUGAGUAACACGACAGUUGGGACACCAUGUGUUGCCAAGUUUUCAGAUGAUCAGUGCUGGUAUAGAGCUGUUGUUGUGAACAAGUAUGUCAGGAAGAUAGAAGUGAUGUUCGUUGACUAUGGAAAUUCUGAAAAAAUGGCACUUGGCAACUUAAAGGAAAUUUUACCUGACUUGGUGAAAUUGCCAGUGCUUGCUGUCAAGUGUAGUUUGCAGGGUGACCAAGAGUGGCAGAGUGCACAAAUUGAUGCAAUGAAAGAAGUUGCAAAUCAGGUUGGGCCAUUCAAUUGUGAGGUAAAAACUGCAGACUGUGGAGUAUACGAAGUAGAGCUGAAAUGGAAAGGGAAAAGAAUGACUCAAGAAUUGAACAAGAUCAAGCUACCAGCUCCACCAGUGGUGCCUCCUUCCAGGAAAGAAAUGACAGCAGUGGCAGCUCCAGUCCUACAAGUACAAGAGGCUCCAACCACUACAAGGUCAACACCAGUGUUAAGUGUUAAGAUUCCAUCAGAGCAGAAAAGCUUGGUAGUUGACCAGAUUGAGGAUGUUGUCAUCUCCUACUGGGAAGGCCCUUUCAAGUUCUGGUGUCAAUUGGCCAAGAAGAGUCCAGAGUUAGAUGCAGUAAUGGAUGGUCUUGCUAAUGCAGAGUCGCAGAAGAAAGUAGAUCCAUCUGCUGUGCGAGAAGGGCUAGUAUGCUGCGCAAAGUUUGCUGAUGAUGGUGCAUGGUAUCGUGCAAGAAUCACCAAAGUCAUUCCAGCUGGUUCCCCAGAAGUACUCUUCAUUGAUUACGGAAAUCAAAGUUCUGUGCCGGUAGAUGACUUGAGGGUCCUAGCUAGUAACUUGACUGUACUCCCUGCCCAGGCAAUGCAGUGCAAUCUCUAUGGCCUCUCCCCUGCCCAGGCCCUGUCAACUCCAGCUGUAGAGAAGUUCACUGAGCUGACAUCAGAGAAACAGCUGGUGGCGAAGGUCUUCAAGAAUGAUGUGUCCACACUAACGGUCACCUUGCAUGACACAAAUACAGAGGAUGACAUUGACAUCACAGAAGAAAUCAAGAAGGAUGUCGGUGAUGUGAAGGAACCAAGUUCAUACCCUCUUUCAGAAGUCAGCACUUCGACAGAAACUGUUUAUGUUACCAAUAUUGAUGCUAACUCUGGCAAAGUCUUCCUUCAACUUGCCUCUUGUACUGAGGAACUAGACUCAAUAACAUCUACCCUGCAAUCUGUCUAUGGAUCAUGUAGUCCCACAGAACAUCAGCUUCUCCAACCUGUUCCUAGUCAAGCUUGCUGCACCAAGUUUUCAGAAGAUGAACAGUGGUAUAGAGGUGUCAUUACUGCUACCACGUCUUCCACGGCUUCGGUCCUCUUCAUUGACUAUGGAAACAGUGAAGAAAAGCCCAUUAAUGAGUUAAAGCAGCCGACCGAAGACCUUCUCAAAGUGCCACAAAUUGCUCUGGAAUGUUGUCUAGAUGGAGUGCAAUUGUUACCUUGGACACAGGGGGCUGCUGAUCAUUUCCUGAACAUCACUGCAGAGAAAGAGGUAUCCUGUACCUUUUCAAGCACCACUCAUCCAUGUUCUGUUUCUCUAAAAGAUGACGCAGUGGAUAUCAAUGCAGAGAUGGUGAAAUUUACAGGUGCAGGAACAAUAGCACAACCAACAGAGUAUCCCCUCCCAUCUGUCAGUGCAGGAGCUCAUCUGGGGUAUGUUGUCAAUGUCGAUGCUGGAAGUGGUAAAGUCUAUGUCCAACGUUCAUCUGCAACGGAACAACUGGACUCGGUAACAGCUAUGCUGGAAGCCACAUAUGGGUCAUGUGGCAGUGAUUUUCAACUUGCAGCACCAGUAGUAAAACAGGCAUGCUGCACAAGGUUCUCAGAGGAUGGCCAGUGGUAUAGAGGCAGCAUUACCACAAUCUCAGAUAAGUCAGCUCAUGUCUUCUUUGUAGACUAUGGCAACAGUGAGGAAAAACCAGUCAGUGAGUUGAUGACUCCAACACCGGAGCUACUCAAGAUACCACAGAUUGCUUUGGAGUGUUCUCUGGAUGGAGUUCCCAAGUCUCCAUGGCAACAAGAUGCUGCAGAUCAUCUGAUCAAUGCUUCAGCAGAGAAAGAACUGACCUGCUCGUUUGUAUCAACCACAAGCCCUUUUGUUGUUCAUCUGAAAGAUAAUGAUGUUGACUUAAAUGCUGACAUAGUCAAACUAGUAAAGGGUGUAGAGAGCAAAGUUUCAGACCCAGUGGUAUCAUACGCAUCUCCACAACUAGCUUCUGGAGUACAAGCAGGCUAUGCUGUAAACGUAGAUGCAACAACAGGAAAGAUCUUCAUCCAGCUAGCGUCUGCAACGGAACAGCUUGACACUAUCACAACACUACUGGAAAGUACUUAUAGCUCCUGCAGUGAAAGUGAACAUCAACUCCAGCAACUAUCAGGAGACCAAGCAUGCUGUACAAAGUUCACAGAAGAUGAGCAGUGGUACCGAGGCAUUGUCAUGACAACGACCUCAUCCACUGCCAAUGUGUUCUUUAUUGACUAUGGGAACAGCGAAGAGAAGCAGUUCUCAGACUUGAAGGCUCCUACAGCAGAACUCUUGAAACUACCACAAGCUGCCAUAGAAUGUCGGCUGAUUGGUUUGGCAGAAGUGCCAUGGCAACAGGAUGCUGUGGACCAUUUCUUGAACAUCACCUCUGAGAAGGAGCUCACCUGCUCAUUUGAUGCAACCAAGAAGCCUGUCCUGGUCAAGUUGAAGGAUGGUGAGAAGGACAUCAAUACUGACAUGAUGGCUCUUGUAGGUGAGAAGCCAAAGGAAAGUCCUGAAGAAGUAAAAGAGUACAAGUCCUUGAGUACCUCACUUCAGGAGCAAAAGAGAGCUGAGAUUUACAUAACUGCAACCACUUCACCAAGUGAGUUUUGGAUCCAGCCCCUAGCCGGAGAAGAAGCCCUUGCCAUACUCAUGGAUGAACUGAACACCUACGCUGAGAAUCCAGACACCACUGCACUCGUCAACCCUACAGUGGGAGCUCCUUGCGUGGCCAAGUACUCGAGCGAUGAAGGAUGGUAUAGAGCAAUCGUCACGUCCUUGGAGAAGGAUUCUGCAACUGUCCAAUUUGUAGACUAUGGAAACUCAGAUUCUGUUGGGUUGGUGGACCUGAAGGUGAUAACUCCAGAGUUGAUGGUGCUGGAAUCCCAGGUCAUACGUGGUUCUCUUGCCGGUGUCGGCCCGGUAGAUGGGGGCCAGUGGAGUGGUUCAGCUGCUGAGUUCCUUGAGACUGCUGUGGCUGACAAACUGUUGCUGAUGGUAGUGGUUGGUGAAUCAAAUGGUACCUUAGCAGUGAAAUUGAUGGACAUGGGCAUGAAUAUCGGAGAUGUGAUGGUAGACAAAGGCCAUGCUGUGUCUACUGCUGAAAGGGUCAGGCAGUUUCCCUCUGUUACUUCCAUUGCCUCUACAGCCAGCUCGUCAGGUGAAGCCUUAGAACAAGCAUCCCUUGAGUUAGUGGAGCAGGUUCUCUCUGCAAGCCUUCAUGAGCUAGGACUUGAUGUAAGCGAGGACGGGAUGGAUCUUGCCGAAGCAGACAUGGAUACUGGUUUACCAGUGGUAGUAGAGGAGAAACAGGAGACCGAAGCCAUAGCCCACAUGGUGCUUGAGAAUCUCCUUGCAGAGAUCACAGGCAAUAUCUCGCUGAAUCUGCUUGGUGUGCAAGUAGAUCAGGAGGUAAGCAGUGCUGACAAGGAGCAGAAAGAAGGAGAGACAGAAGACGACGGAGUAGAGGAAGAUCAGGAAGCAGAAGGUGAAGAGCCUUCACAGGGAGUCAAAUCUGAAGAAGAUGUCUUCGAUGAGAACAAAGAAAUUGAGGAGAUGCCAGAAGAGCAGAAAGCAGAAGAGGAUAUUAUGAUGGAGGAAGACAAAACGGAACAUGCUGCACUAGUUGGACAGAAGGAAACUGAUGAAGCCCCAGAAGGCACUGAUGACCACCAGGAGGUAGAGAGCCUGCAGCCUUCAGAGACCAACCCUCAAGAAGAAGUUGCAGUUGCGGAAGAUGUCCAGGAAGAUGUCCAGGGCAUGGCGGGAGAGAUGCCUGAAGAUGAUACUCCAGAGGACGAGACACCGGUGGAUGCAGUUCCUGAGGAUGUGGUUGCAGAGGGUGAGGCCAGAGAUGAACCUAAGCAACAGGCUGAGGGCGAGACUGAGAAUUUGGGAGACGGCGUAACGGAAGAUGUACCUGAGGCGGAUGCAGCCGUGCAGGAAGAUGAAUCCCUCAAAUCGGACAAGGCCUUCCAGUCGGACGAGGACUGCUUCAAGGAUGCGGUUGCCGCGGAAGCAGACCAGCACAAAGCGGUGGAGGAAAAUAGAGCUACAGCUAAUCUUCAAGAAGAAGAGGAUGAUGAGACAGGGUUUAGUGAUGUGGUCCAAGAAAUGGAGAACAAUAACGCAAAGACUCAAGAGCAGAAUAUGGAACCAGAAGCAGAUCAGUUAAAAACCGCAGUAGUUACCGAAGAUGAUGGGGUUGAAUUCAGAGAAGAUGCGGGAAGAGGAGAUGAAGUAUCCACCCUACCAGGGGAUGAUGCUGGGGAGGAACUUACGAGCAUUGCUGAUGAAUCCCAAGGGGACUUGAGGGCUGAGUUUGCUGCAAUCAACCUGGAUGACUCCAAAGACUUCACUGAGGCAGAAAGUGGAGCUGUUGCAAGUGGCAAUAUUUCAGCAGCGGAAGAUGAUGUUGAGGGAGGUGUUACUCCUAGUGACACCAAGGGGAUGUUGGAGGAUGUUUUGCCUGAAGGUCAGGCGUUGAUGGAUGAAAGUGGUGAUGCUCCAGUGGUCGCCAAGGAAACUGAUGCAGAGAGUAAUGCUGCGGAAAAGGAUAUGGACAAUGACGCGAAUGAGAGUUUUGAGACGGCUCGUGGAGACAUCUCCAACAUCACUAGUCCUGGAGGAGGAGACACUUCCCUCUACGCCAGCAUGAGCACCAUCUCCGUCGGGAGUGGUGAUCUGGACAGCACCCUGGAGUGCGACAAGACUCUGGACCUCAGCGAGUCAACAGAAUCGGGAACAGGCAGCGGGAAGGGAUACGGUGAGGUGAAUGGGGGUGGAGGAGAUGCCCAAACCCUUUCUCCUCCUCGCUGUGAUAGCGGAAUCAUGGAAGAUAAAGAAGGGGGUGAGGAGGUGGUCAAAAUCAGUCAAAAGGAAUCUUCUGUGAUGAGUGAAGCAGGUAUAGUUGAUGGAACCAUCACCAAUGGAACUGAUUAGAAUAUCAAGUUUCGCUACAUAUUGCUUUUAUGUCUUCCUUAAUCAGGCAUGUUUGACAGAAAUGUGAAUGCCUGGUACUGAUAUAAUUUGUUUUUGCAUGUUGCAAGGCAAAGAUAAUGCAAAGCUAAUGAAGUACAAGAGAGUGUAAAUAGAAAUAACUUGUUGGUUCAUUUUAUAUUCAAAUACCUUGAAAGUUAUACCCAUUACAUACAUGUAGAUGGUGGACUAGUUGGUUAGAUUUUGUAGUGUGUUGGUUCAUGUUAUAAUUGAUAUUAAAGGGGAAGUCCACCCUGAAAUUAAGUUAGUUUUAAUAGGAGUAGAAAAAUGAGAGAAACAAGUCAGUGAAAGUUCGAGCAAAUUCC